GCGUCGUGAGGCGGGGGUGGCGCCGGUCACUUCCGGGAAGGGGUUCUGGGGAGACAGACAGCGAGCUCAUCGCUCUCCCCCGGGAGCUCCCAGAGCGGCCAUCGGCGCUCGCCCGGGCCCCGCCCCGCCCGUGGAGGCACCGCCCACACCACGUGACCGCCGCGUCAGCUGACCGGGCGCACCCGGAGGAGGAGGGCCGGCUUCCAGGCGCGAUGAGGUUCCGGUUCUGUGGUGAUCUGGACUGUCCUGACUGGGUCCUGGCGGAGAUCAGCACGCUGGCCAAGAUUUCCUCCGUGAAGCUGAGGCUGCUGUGUAGCCAAGUGCUGAAGGAACUUCUGGGACAGGGGAUUGAUUACGAGAAGAUCCUGAAGCUCACCGCUGAUGCCAGGUUUGAGUCGGGCGAUGUCAAGGCCACGGUGGCAGUGCUGAGUUUCAUCCUCUCCAGUGCGGCCAAGCAUAGUGUGGAUGGCGAGUCCUUGGCCAGUGAACUGCAGCAGCUGGGGCUCCCCAAAGAGCACGCGGCCAGCCUGUGUCGCUGUUAUGAGGAGAAGCAAAGCCCCCUACAGGAGCACCUGCGGGCCUGCAGCCUGCGUGUGAAUAGGCUGGCAGGUGUGGGCUGGCGGGUGGACUACACCCUGAGCUCCAGCCUGCUUCGGUCCGUGGAAGAGCCGAUGGUGCACCUGAGGCUGGAGGUGGCAGCUGCCUCGGGUGCCCUAGCCCAGCCUGUGGCCAUGUCUCUCUCAGCAGACAAGUUCCAGGUCCUCCUGGCAGAACUGAAGCAGGCUCAGACCCUGAUGAGCAACCUGGGCUGAGGAGAAGGGUGUUUGGGGCCCAUGUUGAGUCGCUGCCCUCCGAACUCCUCUUCAUGGGUAGCCCCAGCUCCAGGACCCUGGAGGCCUGGCCUCCCAGAUCUCUGGCUUGCUAGGUUCCCACUUGAGAAUUCAGCAUCAGGAUUCUGAGGACUUUUCCAGCAUUGCCUUCCCUCCCCCAUGAAAGUCACUUGUCAACAGUUUUCAUGAGCAGGAAGAAUAAACAGAAGUGUGAAGGAG